AUGAGGAACUCCAUCGUAAGGCUAGGCCAAGGCCUGCUCCGCCAGACGCCAAUCGCAGCACCUGCAAGAAGCUUCGGCUCGGUCUCGGCACCCGCUCUCAGCUCGCGAGGGCGUACGUACGUCAAGCAACAGCAGCAGCCCGCUCGUACGGGACUCAAGGACCUGCAUCCUCUGCCCGAGUCGAUGCGCGAGCAGCUCGAAAGCGAUGGUGCGCCGCAAGAGCCAUACACGGCGAGUGGCAACUCGAACGACCCUGCCGUGCAUUCCAGCCGCCCGGCAGCACAGCCAGCCGGAGUGGACGUCGAUCCGAGCGUUGCAGCACCUGGCCUGGUCAACGGCUCGUCUGGCAACGGAAGCAAUGGAUCCAGCUCAUCGUCGGCGACGACUUCGGCACCCUCUAGCAACGUGUCCGAGGAGUGGGGCACCAGCUUUGCAGGCCUCGGCGAGCGCUCGUUCAGCAAGGAAGCGGUCGACGUGCUCAUGGGCCCAAUCAACGAGUCGGAUAUCGAGAUCAAGCCUGACGGCCUCAUCUACCUGCCCGAAAUCAAGUAUCGUCGUAUCUUGAACAGGGCGUUCGGACCAGGCGGCUGGGGCAUGGCUCCGCGCAGCGAGACCAACGUGGGACAAGGCAUCGUGAGCCGCGAGUGGGUGCUCAUCUGCCAGGGACGCUUUGUGGCAACAGCGCGUGGUGAGCAGGAGUUCUUCAAGCCAUCCGGAGUGCCAACAGCGUCGGAGGGAGCCAAGUCGAAUGCGCUCAUGCGAUGCUGCAAGGACCUCGGUGUGUCGUCCGAGCUGUGGGACCCUCGAUUCAUCCGACAGUUCCGCAAGAAGCACUGCCUCGAGGUGUGGGCACAAGACACGGCUGGCAAAAAGAAGAAGCUCUGGCGUCGGAAGGACGACCCGCCCUUCGAGUAUCCGUGGAAGGAGACUGGCACUGCCUAG